ACCCCUUGUUAGCUCCAGGAGCAGAAAACUCGACCUCUGUUCGAGUCCUCCGUCCUUUCCAGCUCUCUCCCCCCUCGAUUCCCUCCAGACUGCACCCAUCUCCCUCGCCAGCAUGCAGGACGUCAAUAUCCAAGAGCUCCGUCGAGCUAUUCCCGACUACUGCUUCAAAGCCUCAACCGCUCGAUCGCUAGCCUAUGUAGCGCGGGACCUCUUCCUGGCGGGCUCGCUCGCCUACCUCGCUCUGUACACGAUCCCCACAUACACCACCUCCUCCUCCCUCCCUCGAUUCCUCGCAUGGCAGCUCUACGGCUUCUGCCAGGGCCUCGUCGGCACCGGCAUCUGGAUUCUUGCCCACGAGUGCGGCCACGGAGCCUUUUCUGCCAGCACACGUCUGAACAACGUCGUGGGCUGGGCGCUGCAUUCCUCCCUCCUCGUCCCCUUCUUCUCGUGGAAGUUUACCCACCACCAGCACCACCAGUUUACUGGCCACAUGACCAAGGACACGGCGUUCGUGCCCGUCCGUGAGGAGGAGCCCAUCUCCGAUCUCGCUGCGGCAAUGGAGAGCCUCGAGAACAUGACCGAAGACGCUCCCAUCGUUGCGUUCCUGCGUCUCAUUGUCGCACAGACGCUCGGCUGGCCGCUCUACCUCAUCUUCCAGAUCACUGCAGGCAAGGGGUCGGACAUCCACAAGGGCAACCGGAAGACAACGUGGUAUAACAGGAGCCAUUUCGCGCCCGGCGGCGUCCUCUUCACCUCCCAGCAAUGGAAGUACAUCUUCGCGUCCGACGUCGGGCUCGGCCUCACCAUGGCGGCGCUGUGGGUGCUGAAGCAGCGCAUGGGGUGGGCGAUGGUGUGGAACCUGUAUGGGCUGCCGUACAUGUGGGUGCACCAUUGGCUCGUCGCCAUCACCUACCUCCACCACACCCACGCCGACCUGCCGCACUUUGAGGCGGAUGGGUGGACUUUCGCGAGAGGCGCGACGUCGACUGUCGACCGUGAUAUGGGCUUCAUCGACCGCCACCUCUUCCACGGCAUCAUCGGGACGCACGUGUGCCAUCAUCUGUUUCCCCGCAUCCCCUUCUACUACGCCGAAGAUGCCACCGCCGCCAUCGUCCCCGUGCUCGGCGCCGCCUACCACAAGGACAGCACCCCCUUCAUGCUCUCCCUCUGGCGCACCUUCACCACCUGCCGCUGGGUGACCCCUGUCACUAUGCCCGACGGACAGGGCACCAUGCGAGUCUGGACCACACGGCGCGCCACGCCCGCUGUGGGCGCGAAGCCGAAGCCCUCGGCUGCUGGCAUCUCCAACCUGAAGAAGCGAAGGGAGAGCAUGACGGCGUCCGCGCAGACGGUGCGGCCGGUUGUUAUUAAGGGCUGAAGGAGAAGGAGAAGCAGAGACGGGGCAAGUUCCUUGAGCGGGCUUCGUUGGCUGCAAAGGAACAAUUGAUGCUCCAGGCGGUUGGAUCCCCUCGUAUCGAUAGAAAAAACGGAGCUUGGAUUAGACGGACGGCUUGGAAUAGACGGCUGCGCUACAGAAGACGAUGCAUCUAGAACGACGGUGGGUCCUUUUUUGAAAAGAGUUUUGUUUAGAGAGUAUAUUCUAACGGACUAAAUGAGUCAAGAAGCCAAAAAAAAAAAUUUGAGUUUCUUUUCCGUUUAUGUCUAUGAUGAGGCCUAACUACAGAGAUGUAUGCCUGUGCAUGCAUGUCUGUGAUGACGUAGGGUUAGUAAUGCAGGUUCAUGUUUUUACUUGGCCA